AUCGCAUCCGCGGCGGAGACAAAGCGGGGCCGGUGGGCGAGCGGCACGGCCGGCAGCGGCAGCCGGUGACCGCGGCGUGCGCCCGGCGGGGGCCUCGCGCGGGGCGCUGGCCUCCUGGCGGCGGUGACCGCCGGCGGUGGGUGGCGGGUGGGGAGGCCUCGAGGCGCGCGGGGCUGCCGGCGCACGCGGAGCGCGGCCCGGCCCGGCCCGGCCCGGCCCCGUCCCGGCCGCCGCCGUCGUCGCCACCGCCAUGGCCUUGGCCAAUUACAGCAGCCUGAACCGGGCCCAGCUCACCUUCGAGUACCUGCACACCAACUCAACUACCCAUGAAUUCUUGUUCGGUGCCCUUGCUGAACUUGUAGAUAAUGCCAGGGAUGCAGAUGCCAUGAGAAUAGACAUUUAUACUGAGCGACGGGAAGACCUACGAGGUGGAUUCAUGCUGUGUUUUUUGGAUGAUGGAACGGGAAUGGAUUCAAAUGAAGCUGCCAGUGUUAUUCAGUUUGGGAAAUCAGCCAAGCGAUCACCUGAGUCAACUCAAAUUGGGCAGUAUGGGAAUGGCUUGAAAUCGGGUUCCAUGCGGAUUGGGAAGGAUUUUAUCCUGUUCACGAAGAAAGACAACACCAUGACGUGCCUCCUCUUGUCACGGACGUUCCACGAGGAAGAAGGCAUUGAUGAGGUCAUUGUUCCCCUGCCCACCUGGAAUGCACGAAGCCGGGAGCCUGUGACUGACAACAUGGAGAAGUUCGCUAUUGAAACGGAGCUAAUUUACAAGUAUUCCCCUUUCAAAUCAGAACAGGAAGUGAUGGAGCAGUUUAAUAAGAUCCGUGGGGAGAAAGGCACCCUGGUGAUCAUCUUUAACCUCAAACUAAUGGAUAAUGGAGAGCCAGAGCUGGAUGUGACUUCUGAUCCCCGAGACAUUCAGAUGGCAGAAACACCCCCCGAGGGAACAAAGCCUGAGCGCCGCUCCUUCCGUGCCUAUGCUGCUGUGCUUUACAUUGAUCCCAGAAUGAGGAUCUUCAUAAAUGGACACAAAGUACAAACCAAGCGACUCUCGUGCUGCCUGUACAAGCCGAGGAUGUACAAAUAUACUUCAAACCGUUUCAAGACCCGUGCAGAGCAAGAGGUGAAGAAAGCAGAGCACAUGGCAAGGAUAGCGGAGGAGAAGGCUCGUGAGGCGGAGAGUAAAGCACGCGCCCUCGAGCUGCGCCUGGGAGGGGAUCUCACGCGGGAGUCCAGGGUGACGCUACGUCAAGUCCAAAACUCCGCGAUAACCAUGCGCCGGGAGGCUGACGUCAAGAAAAGGAUCAAGGACGCAAAGCAGCGGGCACUGAAGGAACCCAAAGAACUGAAUUUCAUUUUUGGGGUGAAUAUCGAGCAGCGCGAAUUGGACGGCAUGUUCAUUUAUAACUGCAGUCGCCUGAUAAAGAUGUAUGAGAAGGUGGGCCCGCAGCUGGAGGGUGGCAUGGCAUGUGGUGGAGUGGUAGGUGUGGUGGACGUGCCCUAUUUGGUUCUGGAACCAACCCAUAAUAAACAAGACUUCGCUGAUGCCAAAGAGUAUCGACACCUGCUGAAGGCCAUGGGAGAGCAUUUGGCUCAGUAUUGGAAGGAUGUUGCUAUAGCCCAGAGAGGUAUCGUCAAGUUCUGGGAUGAAUUUGGUUAUUUGUCAGCAAACUGGAACCAGCCUCCGUCUAGUGAACUGCGCUACAAACGCCGGAGAGCCAUGGAGAUCCCUACCACCAUUCAGUGCGAUGUAUGUCUGAAAUGGCGGACUCUCCCAUUCCAGCUGAGCUCAGUGGAGAAGAAUUACCCUGACAGCUGGGUAUGCUCUAUGAACCCUGAUCCUGAACAGGACAGGUGUGAAGCUGCAGAGCAGAAGCAGAAGGUACCACUGGGAACUCUGAAAAAAGACUUGAAAUCACAGGAGGAAAAGCAGAAACAACUGUCAGAGAAAAUCCGCCAGCAGCAGGAAAAGCUGGAAGCUCUGCAGAAAACCACUCCGAUUCGAUCUCAAGCUGACUUAAAGAAACUGCCUCUGGAAGCGUCCACGCGGCCUGCGGGGGAGAGCACCCAGCCACAGACCCGACCUCAGCGCCCGCGAUCUCCUCCUUUACCUGAUGUAAUCAAGAACGCUCCCAGCAGACCACCGCUACCUCCGCCUCUUCCCAAGUCCGUCAGUCACCUGAAAAAGAGCUCUUCGGCUUGGACGAAUACCAGCACUCCCAAACUGGCAAGCGUCCUCUCCAAGGAGGAGGCCAGCACUUCCAGGACGUGCCAGCACACUGUGACAGCUGCAAAGUCUAACAGCGCUUUAAAAACUCUCGCCAAACCAAGUACAACAACGAAAACGCCCUCUUCUGUCGUGCAGAACCCCAAAAGCUCACGUGAGACAUCCAGUCCAAAAGCUGCCAAGAUGCCAGCACUAAAGAAAUCCGCCACUGUCAAAUCCCCGCAGGCCUCCGCCACUCGGAAGAGGACCUUGAACAACACAGAGGAUGGGUCUGAGGAGGAGGGGGAGUACAAGAAGGAGAAGACAAAACGGGGCAAAUUCGUGGCAGUGAAAGAAGAGAGGAAGGAUUCCAGUGAGGUGGUGGUAGAGCUCACAGACAGCGCUGGGGAAGAAGAGCUGGCAGAACUGAAGAAAGCUCAGAAAGAUAAAGGGCUGCACGUGGAGGUGCGUGUGAACAAGGAGUGGUUCACAGGCCGUGUCACGGCUGUGGAGAUGGGCAAGCAGGCAGUACGCUGGAAGGUGAAGUUCGAUUACGUUCCUACAGACACCACACCAAGGGAUCGCUGGGUAGAGAAGGGCAGUGAGGAUGUGAGGUUGAUGAAGCCUCCCUCUCCUGAGUACCAGGCUCCAGACACACAGCAGGAAGAGGAGGUUGUUGGAGCUGAACCUUCUACCUCAGACUGUGUCAGAAUUGAGCCAGACACCACCGGUCCCAGCAGCGGCCAAGAGACAGUAGACUUGCUAGUCCAGAUGCUUCGAAAUUGUUUGCGGUACUUCUUACCUCCGAAUUUUCCCAUCUCCAAGAAGGAGCUGAGUUCAAUGAGCUCAGAAGGGUUGUUGGCGUUUCCUUUGAAAGAAUAUUUCAAACAGUACGAGGUAGGUCUGCAGAACCUGUGCAAUUCAUAUCAGACCCGCGCCGACACCCGGGCCAAAGCCUGUGAAGAAAACCUCCGCAACGCGGAGAGAAAGCUGAAGGAAACAGAGGAGAAACUGCAGAAGCUCAGGACUAACAUCGUGGCCCUUCUGCAGAAAGUGCAGGAGGACAUUGAUAUUAAUACAGAUGAUGAACUGGAUGCGUAUAUCGAGGACUUGAUCACGAAAGGAGAUUGAGCAGACCCAGGACGAGUCCGAGGGAAGCGCAGAAGAGCUGGUUGCUGCGAUGGGAGAUGUGGGUUCCUGCAGCGGAGGACUCUGGCAGCCGAUGAGGAGAGAGGGUUUUUAGACAGUACUUACGUUGUCUUGGUGUACAACUUGUUCUUGUGACUUCACAUGAAAAAGACAUUUGUGCUGCUGGCAGGAAAAUUUUUAACAUUGUAGUUCUCUGAAUCUCUUCCUUUAUAAAUAUUUAUUUUUAAAAGAAAUAGGGACUGUGCCUGAUGUGAUGGGAGGGUUGCUGUGUGCUUUUAGUGAGGUAAAGGUGUGGGUACCCUCUUUGCAUCUAGGGUAUGUUCACACGCUCGACCUGGAAGACCAGAACAUCCCGCCUAGCAAGUUGCCUCGAGUAAGAACCUGGCAGCAACUUAAAAAUAAGCCUUGAGUUACGGAAGAGGAGGUCAGGACUUAGACUUGGAAAACACUGAACUUGCGCUAGAGAAAUGCAAGUCAGGAAUUUGAGCGACACGGGGGAGGGCGAGCGGAGGGGAUGAAGUCUCGGUGGUUUGUGAGGGUUGAGUGUACGGGAUUGGCAUUCGCCCGUGCAGUGAGGUUCCCGAAUACGAGGUGAGUUGUCACCGUGCUAACAUUCAGAGGCUGAGGAUCCUUUUGGAAGAGGAUGGCCUCCUAGGCUGCUCACAGGGGGUUGUGAUCAUCAGAGGGAGAAAGCUGGAGUUCAAAUUCUUUUCUAGGAGUCACCUUAUUGCACACUUUUGCUGCUGUUUCUCUGAGACGUAAUUGCAAUGGCAGAAGAACUCCUCGACCAGCUGAAAAUAAAGUGACCCUCUGGUCUGUUGUCACUCCCUCAGGUUUGCAUUGCUUUGAUCAACUUGCUCUUCCAGGUAAUUUUUUUUUUUCUUUAGAGUGCUGGAAUUUGGAGCCUUGCAUCGCUGAGUCACACCUGGCCCCGGGUCAGCAGCAAGGACAAUUCCUUUCUUCCGUCCUCCCAGCUGGAGGCUGCACCACAGCUCCUGGCAGACCACCUGUGGCCAAGGUGACUCGGGUUGAGUCCGCUGGCUAGCCGGCUUCUCAGGUCUGCUGGGACAAGGGGUCCGUGAACUGGGUGCUCAGAAAACUGCAAUCCUCUACAGCCCGGCGGGUUGAAGAAAUAGAGCGUGACCAAGAGGCGCCCGCCUUCAGGAACAUCAAAUGAAAUGGACCGUUGGGGUUCUUUGGACAGCUAAAAGUAUAAUAGAUGUUUUGCAAAAAAUAUUCCAAAUUAAACAUCUGUUGCACAGAAAAAAAAUCUUAAGCAUUAAUGGUUUGUAGUCCUGGAGAAGUCCCAAGUUCUACAUACCACAGGACAGGGGGGAGACUUUUGCUUAUUACCUGAAUUCCAGGUCCUUGUAACAGCACGCAGCGAGACCAACUGCUUUCAUUCAGGAUCUGGGCCCCGACACCCCAGUAUAAACGAAGGUAAGGAGCAUCUCCCCCGUCCCCGUACACCUUCCCGGAGAGACGGGCUGCGUUCCUUAAACGUAGGAGCAAACUCCACCAGUCUCCUCCGUUCCUUACACCCACUGGAGGUUUUGUCAGUUGUGCUGGCACGCCGGUGCUUCCGAUUAAAACCAUCCUUCUGUAGAAGCUGGGGUUUUAUAUAAAGGCGAAAGAAGAAAUUUUUGUGCUUUCCACGCAGGGACAGCACAAAGUCUAAAGAGCCAGAUUUCGUUAAAAUACAGUUCGGAGAUGCUGCGUCUCGCAGGCUUUGAUUUGUAACACCCAGAGGCCAAGUAGCUCUUACGCGUUUCUUGAGCGUCCUUACACAGUCUGAUCCCCUCCUGCUGCUCUCCUCUUACGAAGGUGUUACUCAGUUUUUUCCCCUCGGUUCUCUGGAAGCUUACCGUUUCCAGUUGUAGCUUUGGGGGGUUUUUUAUGGCAUUUUUUUGAUCUUGUACCAAGUGAUUUUUUGUUUUGAGUUACAUUUUGUCCCUGGAAUUACUUUCAUCGGUACAAUUGAUGUGUCCUCUCUAAACUUCCAUUUUGCUAGGGAAAGCAAGCCAAGAACUUU